AAUGAAUGCAGACGAAAUUCGGGAAUUAACUCAAAGACGCCCUUUGCAACUUACCAACGUGGAUGGUGAUGAAGAAUGCAGCGACGCUGAGGAGUCUCAAGAGCCCGACAGUUGCGAGGAUUACAGUGAGGUUGAUGAGGCUGAAGAAUUGGACAUUGAUGAAAAAUACACCAAAGUUGAGAAGUAUCAGGGGGUGGGAAUUGAUGAAGAACAUAGCGAAACUGAAGAGUCCCAAGAGUCGCGCACUGACGAGGAAUACCACCAAGGUGAGGCAUUCGGGGCUCUUACACGCAGCGAACCAAUUGAGGCAACUGCAGAAGUGAACAUUGAAUUGGUAAGAAAACUUCGGGCUAUUCGUCAAGGAGGUGCAAGAGAGUUCAGAAUCAUUUUUCCAUCAUGAUAUCUGUGGAAUACGGUAUGGUUUUGAAAUACAUAUUAGCUCAACGUGAUAUAUGGAAACUGAAGAGCUACAAGAAAUGGUGCUGGAAAGUUGCAAGACAGAGCUUGGAGAAGGUCAUCCACAAACAUUAACCAAUAUGAGUAACCUGGCGCCCAUCUAUAGGAUCCGGGGCGAGUUGGAGAAAGCUGAACAGCUUCAGGCCCAUGCGAUGAAUAUUCGCAGCAUGAAAUUUGGGGAGGAACAUCCGGACACACUAACAAGCAUGAACAGCCUUGCAUCAAUAUUCAGAGCCCAAGGUCAACUAUUGGAAGCCAAAGAGCUGCAAGAACAGGUAGUGGACUUUCGAGGUAAGAAGUUGGGCAUGAGGCAUCCCAACACUUUGGCAAGCAUGAACAACUUGGCUCUGAUAUAUAAAGACCAAGGGGAAGCUGAAGGAGCUGGAAAUUUGCAAUCAGUAGUGGUAGCAUGGUGCAAGGAAGAGCUUGGGGCCUACCACCCUCACACGCUGACUAGUAUGAAUAACCUUGCUCUUAUUUGGAAAAGCCAAGGUCUUCACGAAAAAGCUAUGGGGUUGAUGAAGCUCUGUUCCGAGUAUCGUCAGAAAACCCUUGGCCAGGAGCAUCCUUAUACUGCUUCGUCCAUGGAAGCAGUAAGGCGGUGGAGCGAGUAGAAUAUUUCUUGUCUCUGUUGGGAUUUUCGUUCUCAAUGCAUGAUGCUUCCAUUUUAGCUCUAUAGUUCAUAUGGGUUGUUUGUCUCAAAGCUCUAUUUUCUCGCCAGAUUUACCCUUUAACUACUUCCACACUCUUAAUUAAAUCUGGCGAAAAGCUUGUAUAGGUUGCGACCGACAUGCGACCGACGAAUGAAAAAGAUCAGUUGGAGGUGUACAUUACUCAGAGAUGUCUUGUGGCGAGCCUAGUUUGGAGCAUUAUGUAACUUCCCUCUAGCGAAACCAGUUUACUCUGGCUCGUUCUAUGUAAGCCCAAAGGAAGAUUUCUCUGCUGUAUCCAACCAUGCGGACUAGCCGGGGUGCUUACAGCAGGGGCCUCCAGUGUAUUUAAGUUAAAAAAAAAAAGGGCGCAAAAGCCUGCCUUAUAAAGCUAUAAUUUACAAUGCAUCACAGAGCUAUAUACCAAAUACGC